AUCUUUCCUUUGCAGGUUGCUUGGGCGUUGGGCGUUGGCGCCUCGGGAGGAGACCGGCGCCCGGCGGCCGAAGCAACGCACCUCCCUCCCCACGCACGAGCGCGCGCGAGCGAAAUCGAAGAAAAGCGGAGGCUGGAGAUGGAAUCCCAGCAGGUGGGCGCCCGCGGCAAGCAAUCGAGGAAGCGGGCGAGCGCGUGCGGCACGCAGAUUCCUUCCUUGCCGCUGAGGCCGCCCGCGCCCCCGGCCCCUUUAACCGCGCGCCGUCGUCAUUGCUAGCCCAGCCAUGGUUUGAUUCGGUCGAGGCCGCGGCAGGAGGAGGAGGAGGAGGAGGAGAAGGAGGAGGAGGGCCAAUGGGGGAGGAGGCGUCUCUCGCGCACACGCCCACCUGGGUGGUGGCCGCCGUCUGCCUCGCCAUCGUUUCCGUCUCCCUCGCCGCCGAGCGAUUCCUACACUACCUCGGCAAGUCAUUGAAGCAUAAGGAGCAGAAAACACUGUAUUCAGCUCUACAGAGACUGAAAGAAGAGCUAAUGCUUUUAGGAUUCAUUUCCUUCUUCCUGAGUCUCUCUCAGGGCUUUAUUGUUCACAUUUGCAUUCCAGAAGCUGCUACACAUUUCAUGCUUCCAUGCAAGAAAGAGAACCCCAGAGCUGCAGAACAAGGUGCCAAAUUUUGCAAGCAAAAGGGCUAUGUUCCCUUGCUAUCAUUAGAGGCAUUGUAUCAGCUGCACAUCUUCAUAUUUGUACUUGGUCUAGUCCAUGUUGUGUUCUGCGCUACAACAAUAUUACUUGGUGGAGCGAAGAUGAGAAAGUGGAAGCAUUGGGAGACAGGAAUUCACCGAGAAAUAGAAGAGAAAUUAUGGAAAGCAGGAUAUGAAAGAAAAGUUACACCAUUGAAUGUUGUGCUACAUCGAAAUCAAGGUAAAUUUGUCAGUGAGCGAACACAGGGAUUUUUGAUGAAGCUGGCUGUUGUAAGCUGGAUAAUUGCAUUCUUGAAACAGUUUUACAAUUCUGUGAGUAAAUCAGAUUAUGAAGCCCUUAGAUCAGCAUUUGUCUGGAUACACUACCCCAAAAAACCAGACUUUGAUUUCCACAAGUACAUGAUCCGUGCUCUUGAACACGAUUUUAAGAGGGUUGUUGGUAUCAGCUGGUAUCUGUGGCUGUUUGUCAUCUUCUUCCUGUUGCUGAAUAUAAAUGGAUGGCACACAUACUUCUGGUUAGCUUUCUUGCCUAUAUUUCUCCUGCUUAUCGUUGGUGCCAAGCUAGAGCACAUUAUUACUCGAUUAGCUCAAGAUGCAGCAGCAUCAUUGUCAGAUGGAACAGAGGGAUCUCCAAAAAUAAAGCCAUCCAAGGAACAUUUCUGGUUUCACAAACCUGGACUUGUGCUUCAUUUGAUCCAUUUCAUCCUAUUCCAGAACUCCUUCGAGAUAGGUUUUUUCUUCUGGGUUUUGGUAUCAGAAGGGUUCAGUUCGUGCAUGAUGGAACGGAAGGCUUAUGCCAUUUCCAGGCUUGUUAUUGGUGUGAUCAUCGAAGUUGUCUGCAGCUACAUCACUCUGCCAUUAUACGCCAUCGUUACUCAUAUGGGUGGAGACAUCAAGCUGCAAGCUUUUGGCUCGGACGUGCACGAUUCUGUCCAGAGCUGGGCCACCGGGGCCCUGAGGAAGAAAACCCUGGCGCCCGACGAGCGCCUCGGGAGCUCGCGCGCCACGCUGACUCGGACGCCGCCCCCCGACCUCGACGAGAUCGUCUCCAUUGACGAUGGAGGCCACGGCCACGACGGCCGUAGUUGAUCGAAGGACAGGAGCACCAGGCUACACGCCGCGCCGGCCUUCCCCAGUGCUGCUGCACGGCGCUUCGAUGGAUCGGGCGCUGUGACAUUCGUGGUGUCGGGGGCCGGGCGCUGUAGCUGUGGGCGCGCGCGCGGGCGGGCCUGGCGGCUGCGCUCAUGCGUCUGAUCCCAUAUUGUAACGUCAACGUCUCGUGUAACGGUACGGACCGGACGGGACGCGUCCCUGGCAGCCGCCUGCCGAGCUGGCCGACCGGCCGGCCGUACCGGCAUGCUGGCAGGCGUUGUGGCAUGUCAUGUGCGGCGUUGCAGCGCGAUGAUACAACGUUGUAACUGGCCUUGCCCUGGCCCGGCAUGCCUGCCUCGUGCUGGUGUCGUAACCAAGCCGUACGUACCUUUAAUUUUCCUGGGGGAUCCUACUCUUUCUGAUAUCCUCCUCUGUAUAUAUUUUUGUAAUCAACUAAUCUGAUUAAGAAAAACUGAUAAGCAUCGUUGCCGCUAAUCUGCUA